UGAAUUUUAGGAAAAGUUGUCCAAAACAAAACGUAAAUGCAUUUUCCUGUUGCCGUGAAAAAUCGAAAACAGCCAAUAAAAGUUCACGCACGCCCUCUCACAAUUUCAGUCAAAAUUUGGACAACAUUUCAUUACCCUCAUUUUCCCCAUUGGCCCUUGAUUGUUGUCGCGAUAUUUCGUUCAGAUCGUUCGAAUUUUGAGCGCAGGAUCUAUUUUAGGGGUACAAUUCUGUAAUCGUUGAACCUAAUUGAAGAUCGGCGGCUCACGAAAAGUACACCGGAAGGAGCUCACAGACGCAUGUCAAAGUUGAAUUGUUGUAGAUCGAGGAAAGUGAAAGUGGAAGGGAAAAUCGGCCAGAGCUGGAUUUUCUCGCGUUUCCGUUGAGGUGUGAGCUCAAGAAAUAACAAUGGUGAAGUUGACUAUGAUUGCUCGUGUUACUGAUGGCCUUCCAUUAGCGGAGGGUCUGGAUGAUGGACGUGAUGUAUCUGAUGCCGACUUUUAUAAACAGCAAGUGAAGUCUUUGUUCAAAAAUUUGUCAAGGGGCCAGAAUGAUGCAUCAAGGAUGUCUAUCGAAACAGGGCCUUAUAUAUUUCAUUAUAUUAUUGAAGGGCGUGUGUGCUACUUGACAAUGUGCGACCGUGCAUAUCCUAAGAAGCUUUCCUUUCAAUAUCUAGAAGACCUCAAGAAUGAAUUUGAGCGUGCAUAUGGGAAUCAGAUUGAAACUGCUGCAAGACCUUAUGCUUUUAUCAAAUUUGACACAUUCAUACAGAAGACAAAGAAAUUGUACCAGGACACAAGAACUCAACGGAAUAUUUCAAAGUUGAAUGAUGAACUCUAUGAAGUUCACCAGAUUAUGACUCGCAAUGUACAAGAAGUUCUUGGUGUUGGUGAAAAGCUGGACCAGGUCAGCCAGAUGUCCAGCCGCUUAACAUCGGAAUCCCGCAUUUAUGCAGAGAAGGCAAAAGAUUUGAACCGUCAGGCUUUGAUUCGGAAAUGGGCCCCCGUUGCUGUUGUUCUAGGAGUUGUGUUUCUCCUCUUCUGGGUCAAGAACAAGCUUUGGUGAUCCUUCACUCAUUUGCUGUUUGACGAGCUGCUCCGAUCUUGCUAACCUGGUAUUGCAGUUUCUUGGCGCCCUCUAUCGUUUUAUCUUUUGAAACCACUAGAAAAGAUCCGUUGAAACUAGCUUCCAAUUUUUUGAGGAUUUUGGAAACUAAGCAUGUCGGAAAAUAUAGAGAUUUCAUACUAUGAGACGAAUUGAUUCUGAGAAACAUAUAGCAUAUGCAUUUUAUCUUCCUACACCAACUAAUUAUCGAAGUUUGCGUUUCAUUUUAUUAAAAAAAAAUACAUGAUUUUUCGAGUUUUA